AUGUAUAACUUUGAUUGGAAGCGAAGCCGAAGUGAAGGAAAAGUCCCGAAAGCUGUGCGAAAUCGAAUAAAAAAACAGUUACAGCGCUGUUUUUGCUUAGCGUGCGGAGCAGAAGGGCAGGAAACGACAGCCAAUGCUGGUCAGUUGCUACAAGAUGUUCAUAGUUAUGCUUCAUCAAUACCUGGAGGUCUCAGCUAUCUUCUAUUCUGCAUUCACGUGCUUUUGGGGCGAAUGUGUGAAAAAAGCCUAGGAAAGGGUUUGUGGUCAAACUGCGUUCGGACAGUUGUCGAUGUUUCGCUUAUUGCAUUUCAUAAAGAGCACCCAGAAUUACUCUAUUAUCUUCUUUAUUUUUGUCAAGAGACUUCUCAACUUUCUUUGAGUGCAUCAGUACGUGCGGAAGCGUUACGGGGAAUAGCUGAAGUACAACAGGACAGUGAUGCUGCUAAGUUGGAGUUGUGCUUCAACCACGUAGUGUAUAAACCAUUUGUAGUUAUUGUUGCUCAUCUGCAAGAUGUCAGUGAGGAGUGCCGAAUGGCGGCGAUAGAAUCGUUAUAUUUGGAGAGUGAUAGUAAUAUCAGGGCACUGGUAAGCCAUGCAUUGACUGAACGCGAUGAAAAUAUCCGAAGAUAUUGUUUAUUUCGUUUAGCUAAAAACGUAACGAUAUAUUCCUUAACUCUAAAUGAACGGGUUUCACUUUUAAAGUGUUUAUUUUCGUCAGGAUUAACGCAUUCGGAAGUAUGUUUUGAACUUUUGAAAAGUUGGAUGAUUAGUGCCAGUAGGGCAUAUAUCGGUGGUUGUGAAGAAACUCGACUCUUGAAAGCGGGGCCUUCGGAAAUGUUGGGUCUGUUGGAUAUUCUUAAUGAAGAAGAGAUAACACGAAAUGCGAUCUUUUUGUCUCUCAUUUGCUGCAAAGAUAAUUUAGGAAUGGAGAAUGCAAAGUGUUUUGAUUUUUUGAAAGAAAUUGUUUACAAUGGAAGCGAAUGGGUCGUAAAUGCUUACAGCUAUAAAAAUUUGCUAAACAGAACGAUAAGCUCUACUAAAUUGGUAGUCGUUGCUUCAUAUUUACGGUAUUUGGCUGGAUUCUGCAAGUUACAGUGUCGUGAUAGCGGAGAUUGGUCAAGAUGCCAUCAUUUGCUUCUCCCAACAAUGCGUACUUUCUGCGACUUUUUAAAGAGAUUCGUCAUCUCUUGCUCUUCGAAGGAUAUGGCUGAGGACGAUAUAAAAAAUAAUAAUUUUGCUCUGAUUCAAUUAUUGACCCUGAUUCCACUUUAUGACGGAGACGAUGUUCCUGGGAGACGAGCGUGGCGUGAGCUACUUGAAUUCAUUUUGGUCAAAUAUCAAAUUGGCUUCUCGCAAAAACUUAUAGAUUACGUUGUAAAAACGUUGUACGAACAUUUCUGGCCGACAAUGAAUGACGAUGAUGAUGCAAUAUCCUUUAUAUGUGACGUAACAAGUUCUAUAGUGCACCAUAGUUACAACCCUUAUGCUACACUUCUGGGGAGUAAUGAAACCAUCGCACUGAAUGCGUCUAAUACCAGUGCUUUUCUUGAGGCUUCUACUAUUCAGGUGGAUGAGAAGGCACUGUUGCGUUGUGUGACUAUUGUGAACUCGAUGAUGAGGACUAGCCGACACAGAAAGAUGAAUUCUUUAAUAUCUGGUCUUCUUGAGAACGUGAUUGAAAAAGGUUUGAUUAGCGAGAUACCUGAUUGUCGGUCUCUAGCUUUUGAAACUAUGGGGAUAAUGGGAGUUUUUGACAAAGAAUUUGCUCGUCAAAGAACUGUUCUUGUCAAAGACACUCUGGAACUUGUUGAUAGUCUUAAGAUGAGUGCUCUAAAUGUGUUGGGGAACUUUUGCCUCGUUUACGGUUUCGAUGAUGUUUCGAAAUGGUUUCGUGGGAUCAGUGACUUUGGUGACCCAUCGAACAGUCUUCUACAAGCCUUUCAUAAUCAUAUAUGGGAAACUGAAGCCUCGGCCAGCUAUGUUGCUUGCAAGUGCCUCUGUCAGCUCAUUCUUACACGUAAUAUACGAAAUCAUAAGUGGACUUUAUGUCAACUGCUAAUGAAACUUUUUCAUUCAGAUACAGAUGAUUGGACGAGAUCUUGUAUUAAUUGUUUUCUUGAUUGUUAUUCCAGUAGUGCAUGGGAAAACCAGCUUGCGCUAGUUGGUUGCUUCAAAGAAAUUUUUGAUGCUGAAGUUGAGACAGGUUCUCCUUCCACAUUAAACAUUGACAAAAGUGAGGUUGCGUCACGAAUAAUAGCAGCAACUAGACUGGCAACUUUAAAACAUGCUGCGGAUGAAGUUGUCAUAUCAGCUCAUACCGUACUUUGUGAGUUGCUUCUGGAAAUGAUGCUCACGGGUAGUGAUUACGACAAUGAGGUACUUAGUGAUUGCUUAUGUAAUCUGGAUGUUGAAGUUUGGGGCGACACAGUAUUCAUGCGUCACUUAUUAGAGAGGAUGGAUGAUAUAAAAUCAGAUUUUGAGGAUUAUAGGAAGGUCUAUCGCGCGCUACAGAAUUUUUGCAAUAAAAUUGAAGCCCGUAUUAGUUUACUUUGGGGCAGUACUGGUCGUUCAAAUGAUUUUGGUUCUCCAAACACAGUUUUACAUUCACUUAUUAACUCUCUCUACCUUGGUAUCACCCUGGGAAGAGAACCGGAUGAAGAAGUUACUGAUUUGGUCAACCGGACUGCCUGUUUAGCACUGCAAAGGCCGCUAACAAGGAGCGCUUCCAAGAAGCUAGAUUUGGAAGAUAAAUUUCAAAAGUUACAGGUUGAAGAACACUCUUCAGCUGCAGAGAACGACCAAAAUGUCAGGAAUUUGCGCUCUGAAAAUCUGGCAUUUAGACGUAGUAGAAGGCGAUUAGAUUACGCAUCAGUCUGGAACAAUGCUUCUGGUUUACUAACGCCAGUUGCGGAGGAGAACGUUGAGCGUUCUCCCUAAAAAGUUGGUCGAGAUGAUGGUUUGGGUUGA